UAGGGGAGGAGGUGGGUGUAUAUUAUACACCUAUAUAUACAGUAUCUGUGGGAGAAAGUGAUCAUUACGUUGGGGAGAAAGUUUAUUUGCUUGUAUUUGGGUUUUAAUUUUUUGAAAUGGCGAAAGCGAUAGCGCUUCUGAUGUUCGUGACACUUGCUUCCUUACUGGAACAAAUGAGUGCUCUUGGCAGCUAUGGAUACUAUUGGCAAACUUACCCUGCGGUCCCGGGCACUUUGAGCUAUCAGCCACUGGCAGACGUAUCAGCUAUUCUACCGCCAGACUGCGAUAAAAAGAAGGAAGGCUCUGAAAGCAGCAGCAGUGAAAGUAGUAGCUCUAGCGAAAGCAGCUCGAGUGAAAGUGGAAGUAGCUCAAGUGAAGGAAGCAGCAGCGCUGAAAGCAAAUCCAGCAGCGAGCAGAAAGAAAGCGGCGAAAAAAGUGAAGGUAGUGCUGAGAAAAGCAGUGCGGAAGAAGGUAGUAAGGAAAGUAGCGGUGAAUCAAAGAGUUCAAAAGAAUCUGGUGAAAAUAAAGCAUCCAAGAAAAAAUCUAAGAAACCAAAAUACCAGUUUCCUGCUUCCUAUUCCUUCCCUCCAAGGACACAACAGCAGCUGGUUUACACAGCUCCUGCACCUUAUCAGCCUUAUACAGCUUCCUAUUCCUUAGUUCCACCUUCUGCUGCUGCUUUUAAAACGAGCUACCAGAUAGUGUCUCAAGUUCCAACAGGUUAUGUAAACCCUGUUGUUAAAAGCGUCAUUUCUGCUCCAGUGGCAAGAAUAGUCUCGAGACCUUCAGUGGUUUACCAAGCUCCAGCAGUGGCCAAAAGUAUAAGUGUAAAUCCUGUAUCUCGUCUUGUCCAGUCAAGCUACUGGGGACCUAGUGGAAACGUAGCUUAUUACAAGGUUUGAAAUAUUUUGCUAAAGGGAAAGAUAUCGAAAACAACCCGAAGAAAAUAAUGACUUAAAACACUGGAACAUUCACAACUCUAAAAUUUAAAAAUAUCCCUUGUAUAUUUAUUCCUUUAUUAUGCAUAUAUCAUAAUUAACUCAUGAAGAUUUGUCAAAGGCUAAUAUCGAAGGGGAAAUAAAUGAUUUUUUAGCACAUAUGUAGUUUUUUUAUAAAGUUUAAUAAAAUACCUCAAAGAAGAGUGUUUAAGCUUCCUCAUUUCUAAAGCAUUUCGGUAUACGUUUUCCGUUCAGCAUUUCUGUUAUAUACAUUAAAAGAAUACUUUUUUAAUUCUUUUAGUUGCAGCAAAAGAAAAAAAAAGUUAUUUUCAUUUAUUGUUGCAUGAACGCAUGAGCCCUUAUUGAAUUUUUGUCUAAUCAGUUAGUUGCUCGUUCUUUACAAUUGGAACUAAGAUACUACUGUAUGUAUGAUUAAAUUCAUAUGAAUUCCCUGAAAACUACUUAAAAAAUCAAUUGUCUGCGUUUUGAUUCUGUGAAAUGAGUGCAAAAUUAGGAAAACAAAUCGGGAGUUGUAAACAAACUUGUAUAAAAAUUCCCUUAAUAUUGUAAUUUGAUUUUACAUAACUCACAGUUUACAAAUAGUAUUAGAGGAUUCGGUAAUAAACAUAAUUAAAUGAGUUGUAUUGAAAUGUUUUCUCAUAAAAAUUAUAUGCUUUUUAUUACCAGUCUCCCCUUCCAAAUCAGCAAGAAUUAAAUGAGAAUGGCAAAGACUUAUGCAGGUGUCAAAAUACUAAAAAUCGGCCAAGUGUUUUGGAUCACGAUGGGCAACAGGCUGUUCACGAGCGGCUUUUGCUGUGUGGAAAAAUUAUUCAGCUCAAUGCACCAUUUUACAUCAGUCAAAAAAAUAAAAGUAUUUUCCAAAUCAACUCCAAAAUUUAGAAUUUUUAAAAGUGGUUGAUAUCUUAUAGAAAUUGUCAUACCUGAUAUACUAAGAUUCUUUUUACUUUUUAAAAUAUCAACUAUAUUAUUUGAAACAAAUAAUAUAAUAAAUUGUAUUUUCUGUUUUCGUAAAAAAUAAAACCUCUCAUUGAAAUUUUAUAUUUUAUUUUAUUGGAAUGAAGUGCAAGCACUUUUGUAAAAUUUUAUAGCUGACUACUGUAGAUAAAUAUUAUGAAUAGUAGAUAAUUUACAGGAUAAAUGGAAAAAUUGUAUUAUUUAUCCUAUUUACUCGCAUUUUUCUUUCCUCUAUCUUUAGCAGCAUAUGAUUUAGUGAAUUAUAAUUUAUGAUUUAUAAUUUAUGAAAACAACGUAAAAUCUAUUCACUGAAAGGAAAGUUGAUUUUAUAAACAAAAGAAUGUUUCUGAAAUACACGUUACCGUAAUAUUAGUAUGUCUGUUUACAUGUCUUUUUAAUGUGUUGUGUUCUCUAUAUAAAUGUUCUCCUGAAAAAUAAUAUAUGCCUCUCAGUUUUUAAGUGUUUAAUAGUAGUAAAAAAAGAAAGGAAGAAAACGUGCACGAGUUAAUAUGGUAUUCAUUGCAUUUAGUAAACACGUUUUAUCUUUAGGAAAUGAGUUAUACAAAUUAUUUCGAUUAAAAGGUGGUAAAAAUUAUAAUGCAAUUUAUUUUUAAUAUUCAUGCAAGUAUCAUAAAGCUUAAUUUUCCGUUUUCUUUUCCCGGUAGAAUAAUUAACAAUUUUAUGAUUCUAAAAAUUAUAAUCAAAAUGCAAUAUGCAAUACGUUUUUGUAUAUUGCUCAAAUAAAAGAGGAUGAUCGAAUUUCGAAUCAAACCAACCGUAUUCCGUCUCAUGUUUGAAAUAUAUAAUAAUAUUAUUAAUUAUCUGAGACUAUUUAAGAAAAAUUGUUUCUAAAUUGAAUACUUAUAAUCAAAUUAUAAUGCUUUCAAAUUAAAAAAUUUUACAUUUCAACUUUUAACCGAAGAGCUUAUUAAUGAGUUAAUAUUUUUUGUUAUAACAGUAAUUUCACAGAUGUCUAAAAUUUAUCACUUCCCUUUUUGAUCUGCUAUGAAGUUAAAUGAAAUGUAACACUGACUGUUAAAGUUUUAAAGGAAAAAUAUCAAACGGACAAUUUUAUUAAAAUGUAUUUCGUGAAAGACGUAUCUAAGCACAAGUAUGGAAAGAAAUAGUAAUUCAAAAUUGAAAUAGGACUUCAGCACAUGCUGAAAUAUUUGAAUAAUAAUAAAUUCAGAGUUUUGCUGGAAUCAAACGGAAUCAUAUGUUACGAAUGAGUCUGAAAUAGAAUUUUUAUUUUUGGAAAAAUUUCAGGAAUGUUCUUUGAAUUAUAGAUUACGUUAUAUUUAUUGAACACUGAAAGGGAAAGUUGACACUCAGUGCUAUAGUAAGUUAUGCUACAGGUGAAUUCGAAAGUAACUGAAAUAUUUUAGACACUGUAACAUAAAAUGUGCAUUUCUGGAAAUAAAAUCCUGAUUUUUAAAA